AGCAAACCGUGUCCACAGCUGUCUGCACCAUCUAUCUGGACUGUCACCUCCGAACAAAUUCACUUCUUAGCAGCUCAUGGACAAUCAACGAUCAAUAGAGGAUGAAAAAGACGUGGAUUCCACUCAGGACUCGUCGAUGGAACUUAGAUUUGUUGGAGAGAUCACAGAAAGCAGCCACACUGACUCUGAAACAGAGACGAUCAUUCUCCUAGAUCAGUGUACACAACACCCUACAACGCAAGUGGACCAGGCUGUCAUGGACAACCUGGGCCAGCUGUUCGAGCACUGCAUCCAGCAAGUGUCCCGUCAAGAGAAGCAGAGGGACGAGCUGAUACGGGAGCUCCUCUCUCUGCAGGAACCCAUGCUGCGAGUUGUGAAGCACCUGAGUGCGAAGGUGGUGCAGACACAGAGGCUGCUCACUCUGGCUCAGCUGGAUUAUGUGGCUGUUUAUGAGGAAGUGCAGCAGGUGAAGAGGAAGCUGUUUGCCACAGCCAGAGAAUGCAUCCAGAGCCAGGUGACACUGGCUGCACACGAGUACGAGGUGGCUCAGUCUGCAGUCACACAGGAGGAGCUUAAGGCCCACAUCCAAAAUCUCACUCAGGAGUUGUCCCAGCUCCAAGAGGCCCAAAAAAGCCAGCUCAACUCUCUCAGGGACCAGGCCACUAAGCUCCGCAGGCCCAGGGCCAUGAGCGACGUCAGCCAGUGUCGCCAGGCAUCUGUUAGACUGCAGCGGCGGCUCAGCGGCAGCGUGAGGGCGCUGGAGGGCUGGUACGAGCCUCGACUCAUGGCCCUGCUGAGGAGGAGGCAGAUUGGGGAGGAUGCCUUGAGAAAGAGCAGGGAGCAGGCGAUGGACCUGAGGGCCAGUCUGGGGCCCCUGAGAGAGGACAUCCAGAGACUGGAGGUGCAGAGAUCCUGUUUGGAGCAGAGGAUCUCUCUGAUGGAGAGGGAGCGAGAGGAGAGCGUCACACAACACAAGGAGACUGUGGAGAAGUUAAAAGACACUCUGAGGGAACUACAAGUGGAGUUUGAAGUUCAAAGAAAAUCUAAGAAAGAUUUGGAGGAUCUUAGAGAUGGUCUAUUAACAGAGCUGACAUUUCUGAGAGGCUGUGAUGAAGCGAGUGAAACCACCACAGAGGAAGAGCCCUAAUUUUCUAUUUCCAGUGGAUAUUCUUAUCCAGGAUAUCUACACUUGACCAAACCAUGGCUUUGCA